CUUAAGGUUUUUAGUAUUCAUAUUAUUGAAGUGAAAACUUAUUUAGAAGGGUUUUGUUUACGGUUUAUAUGUAUGUUAGUUACAUUUUAAAAUAAAUAACAUAAGUAAAUAAAAUUUUUUAUUUACUUAGGUCGUCGGUUACGCUCAUUCGUGAAAGCUCGGCUGGUAAGGCUCGCUUUACACUGAAAAUGUUUCAUGUAAUAUAGGCAACUUCUUAUACAACUUUUCUUUAAUGUACAACAUUUUGUCAACAAUAAUAAUUUCUUUUUAAUUAAGAAAAAUAUGUUUUCAAAAUAACAUUGAACUAGUUAAACCCUAAAACAGACCAAAUUUGAAAGGAACACGGAAUUAACGUUUAAAAAUAUUUCUAAACGUAUAAUUGAAUGAAUCUCAGAGUACCACUAUGCAAAUAUAAAAUAGGCAAAAAUUAUUUCUUAAUUAGUUAAUAAUAUUUUAUAAACAAUAAAUAAUUUAUUCUUAAACCUAUAUACAACGGUAGAUGGCAGAACUGAUGAGAAAACUAACCAGUAAUGUCGCGGUGUCGCCUCCCCAGCUCUACUUCUUUCGUUUUACUCUAAAUUUCCAAAAUGUUUCAACAAGAAACCGAUAACAUACACACUCUAAGUCAUGAAGAUAUUACAAUGCAAUUAAAACAAGAGGUUGAUUGUGCAAAUGAGGAAUAUGGUAUGCAUAAUUUUGACGAAGAAGUUGAAGAACUUCAAGUGGAGAUUAUGCCUGAACAUGCUCCAGCACCUGUAAGCUUAACAACAAUAUCAACGCCUGAAAAGCCUCUGACAAUAGAUAAACCAUCUGACAAAAGCGUCUCUGUACAUAAACAACGAAUGUUUGCUUGUAAACUAUGCGGUCUUACGUUUUCACGUUUGUAUCUCAUCAAACGCCACUUGCUAGCUCAUGUUAAAAACUACACUCCUCAAUUUCAAUGCACAAAAUGCCAUCAUUCCUAUAGAAGAAAAGAGAGUCUAUUGCGACAUUAUCGCUCAUGUGACGGUACAACCAAUCUUUCUUGUGAAUUUUGCAAUAUGGCAUUCAAAUGUGUUGAGAAACUGACCAGACACAAGUCAUUACGACAUUCAGAAGCACCAGCUGCAAUUCCAAGUAAAACAAUAAAUGAAGAAGAUCUUAAUGAUGAGAAUAUGAGUCAGUAUUAUGAUUGUUUCUUUGAGUCUGUUGAAAGGCAUGUGGCUGAUAAACCUGUAAGACUCAAAAGAGUAAAAGAAAAGCCUAAACCAGACAAUAGUAAAUUAUUUGGAUGUAAACUUUGUACAUUUACUGGUAAACGAUUUGCGGAUGUUAAGAGCCAUUUGUUUUUGCAUUUGAAAACACGACCGUUUGCAUGUGAUAAAUGCAAUCGAUCAUUUGGCAGAGGUGAUAAACUAAAGAGGCAUAUGAAGACCUGUAAUGGUAAAAUUGUGUUGUCAUGUGAUAUUUGUAACAAUGCAUUUCAGACUGAAGAAAAACUAGCUGAGCAUGCAAAAGUACAUGAAGGGAAAAGCUUAAAAAAGACUUAUGCAUUAGUAAAAACCUUAGAACUAAAAGAUCUCGAACCAAGUAAUUUGCAUCAAUACUGUACAACUGUUGCUGAGAAUAUCCCUGAUAAUGAUGAGAGUGGGACUGAAAGUGAUGCAUCAGUUAAAAGAAUCAAAAACGAAGACUCCGAACAGUUUGUUUGUCCGAUUUGUUACGAGAGUUUCGAACAAAUCACUCUCCUUGAAUGGCAUGGCAGACAAUAUCAUGAGAAUUGCCAAGUUUUAAGGUGUAAUCAAUGCGAUGCUCGCUUUUCACGUGUUUAUGCCUUGAAUCAACACAUGCAGUUCCACAAUAUCGACGCGGAUGCGAUCAAAGUCAAAGAUCAUGAGUGUGAAAAAUGUUUAUCACGGUUUAAAACUAGACAAUCUAUGUUAGCGCACAAGAAAAAGCAUCAUGGCGAUGAGAAUUUUGCGUGUCUAAAAUGUGCAGAGACGUUUUUAACAAAAGAUAAAUUAGUUGAGCAUUUGAAAAUGCAUGAAAAGUCAAAGUUUAUAUGCUCGGAAUGCGGUAGUAGCUUCUUAAGAAACGAAUAUUUGAUUAUUCACAUCAAAAAACAUCGUGGUGAGAAGCCUUACACAUGCAAAUUUUGUAAUGAAGGAUUUGCAAGAGUAAGUGAUUUAACAGUUCACGAACGUGUUCAUACUGGAGAUAAAGCGCAUUUGUGUCUUAUAUGUAAUCAUACAUUCAGCAGGGCGGAUAGUUUAACAGUUCAUAUGCGUACACAUACCGGCGAGAAACGUUUUAAAUGUCAUUUUUGUGAUUCGGCGUUCGCGCAUCAGCACGCGCUGAAAAAUCAUCUAAGUCGACACACCGGAAUCGGUUUCCAGUGCGAUUUGUGCCCGUUGAACUUUAUAAAAGGAAUUAAACUUAUUCAACACAAACGUAAAGUUCAUGGUUUGAGCGAUGUGAAACACUCCACAACACCUUCAGAAACUGUUGCACUGCAAGAAGGAGAGCUAACUUCGAGUGUAAAAGAAGAAGAGUCUGAGAUUGUUUAUGGUUAUUAAUUUAAUUAUCAAAAUGAUUGGAUAUUAUAGUGAAAUAACAUAAAAAAAUUAAAUUCUAGGAUAAAAUUCUUACAGCAUUGAUUCUAUGGUGUAUUAAAAUGUGUUAGACUUC